AGCAGCAGCUUGUCCACACACACACACACUCACACACACACACACACACGCACUCUCCCUCAUGGGCCUGCGCUGAAUUUCAACAUCCUCACACUGACAGCUUCACCAGUGGAAUGGACGCAAACGGCCACAAAAAUGAUGUUGCCGUAUCGUGUUACUGCUCAUAGUGCUGACAGACCUGCUGCGAGCCGCCAGGCAGCGAUGGAGGUGUUGGUGAAUGAGCUGGGAGCUCUGCUGCAGAUGCUGGACCAGGAGAACCUCAGCUCCUCCACCCAGGAGAAGAAGACCUCAGUGUGGAACCUCCUGCAGCAGAUCCAGCCAGCAGUGCCAGGGACAGACUACAUCUACAUGAACUCAGCAGUUUACAGGAAUGGCACCAGCUUCGUGGAGUCCCUCUUUGAGACGUUUGACUGCGAGCUUGGAGACCUGAAGGACGUUACAGACGAUAUCAAAGAAGACAAGGACACCCAGACCGACACUUUAAUACAGAGCGGUGCAGACUCCCCGGCCCCGCACUCUGCCGACUCUCCUCCCCCGCUGCCCACAACGCCUCCUCCCGAGGAGUACUACGAGGAGGCGGUGCCUCUCAGUCCUGGCAAGUUGCCGGAGUACAUCAUCACACGAGCCAGGUCCAGCCCUCCCAAUUCUAUAGAAGAUGGGUAUGAAGAUGCCGAAAACAACUACCCCACUACCUGCAUAAAUUCACACCGUAAAAACUCUUACAACGAUUCGGACGCCCUGAGCAGCUCCUACGAGUCUUACGAGGAGGAUGAAGAAGAGAGGAGCCCCGGCGUCCGACUCACUCAUCAGUGGCCCUCGGACGAGAGCUCCAUGCCUCCUGCGAGAGACUGUCGCAUCUGUGCCUUCCUGCUGCGCAAGAAACGCUUCGGCCAGUGGGCCAAACAGCUCACAGUCAUACGGGAGAACCGGCUACAGUGCUAUAAGAGCUCCAAGGACACAUGCCCCUAUGUGGACCUGCCGCUGCCCCAGUGCACCGUGGUCUAUGCGCCCAAAGACAGCAGGAGGAAGCACCACGAGCUCCGGUUCACUUUGCCUAACGGCGAUGCACUGGUGCUGGCGGUGCAAAGCAAGGAACAGGCCCACAGAUGGCUGAGAGUUGUUAGGGAGGUGUGCGGUCAGGGCACAGGGCCUGAGGAAUCCGCGUCCCCCGUCAGUCCGCGAAGAACUGAACUCGACAAGAGGUUAUCUGCAGAGAGGAACACAUCGGAUUCAGACAGUGUGGGUGUGUCGGCUGGCGACAACUGCAGAGAGAACGGCAAGGUGAGACGAGGGGCUCUCGCUGCAGGCCGUAAAAUCACACGCAUCAUCAGCUUCUCCAAGAAGAAGCCCCCUCGGCCAGGUGAUCCCCGGACGUCCUUCGGCGACCCUCGACAAGGCUACCUGUCGGUGCUGGUGAACCAGGUGUGGCGGGAGCAGUGGUGCUGUGUGUGCCGAGGCUUUCUUUACUUCUACCAUGACAGAGGAGACUCCCGGACCUCGCUGCCUUCCCUCCCCCUGCACUGCUGUGAGGUGUUGCCGGGGCUUGGGCCCAAACACCCAUUUGCGUUCCGAAUCCUUCGCAACAGCACAGAGGUGGCUGCUGUGGAGGCAAGCAGCUCAGAGGAACUUGGGAGGUGGCUGGGUGUCCUCUUGGCAGAGACGGGCUCCACCACUGACCCAGAGUCGCUGCAUUACGACUAUGUUGAUGUGGAAACCAUUGCUAAUAUCCGCGACGCUGCGCGUAAUUCCUUCCUGUGGGCCACCUCCUCCAGCAGUGCCUCUACCGACUCCAGAACAUACGACGAGGUCCCUAAUGAGAAUACGCAGUCAGGGGAGGACCACAGGCCGCAGUCUGGGAAUCAAGGGAAGUGGCGCUCAAGUUUCUCCAGCAGCGACUCGGACAGAACUAAACCAUCAGUUUCCCUCAAGCGAACUGGCUCAAGUGAAGAGUGUGACAUUAUCAAAAAGGAGGAGCAGACCGAACGCUGUGAGACGCUUCGUCUUCUUCCCACAACCCCUGCACGUCUGACCUCUCACCUUUGCUCCGACCCAGAUGCCAACCAGUAUGGGAAGUAUGGGAAAACACGAGCGGAGGAGGAUGCCAGGCGUUACCUGAAAGAAAAAGAGGAGCUAGAGAGGGAGAGAGAUGGGAUCCGAAAUGCACUGGUGACCCUCAGACAGGAGAAGAGGGAGCUGAAGGAAGAGUUAAAGACGGCCUCUGAUAAGAGGAAGUCCUCCCUGAACAAGCGCGUGUCCCAUCUGGAGGAAGCCUGUCGAGCUAAGGAGGCAGAGCGGGUGGACCUGGAGCUCCGGCUGACUCAGGUCACGGAAAACCUGAAGAAGAGCCAGGCAGGCGGGGCGCUGGGUGCACCAGUCGAGGCUAAACCACCUGUUGGGGCCUCCGGCAAAAAGAGCCAGAACAUCUACAGUGAGUCUUUACCGGUGAACUGUGCUGCGGAAAUGCGUAGGAGACCUCUGUCCGUUUAUGCUUCUUCCACAGGGACUGUCAUGCAGAAAGCAAAGGAAUGGGAGUCAAAGAAAGCAACCUAAGAGCAGCAUCAUGAAAAGGACUGACAUAUCACGAUGGGACUUUUUCGACCUGCAAUCCUUUUAAGGGAAAACCUCCUAUCCACAUUCCAAAGCGCAGAGAGAGACUGUAAUGAAAGAAACCAGCCACUAGGUGGAGGUACACAUCACUGAAUACACUACUAUCUUUUCCAAAUGUGAGGAAGUUAAGGACUUCACAUCACUUGUAUCCGAAACUUUCCGUCGUCUAUGUUGACGCAGGUUCAGAUGUGGCAAACAGAAAAGAGAGAAUUAUGGGUGUUUUAGAAGAAAGACACUAGAAAAGUGUACUGGAGAGCACAGUGAGUGCAAAGCAUACAAUGCUGUGAUGGAAAAGCAACUGAGGAUCGUGUUGGAAUCACUGUUGCAUGAGGUGAAAUGUGUGAUUGUGAAGGUGCCAUUUGAGGGAAAGUGACCUAAGACAUGUGAGGUGUUGGACAAUAAGAGGACGGAGGCAGUGAGAGCCACAAUGUGCCUUAUUAUUUUGACGUUGUUGUUUUUUUGUCUGUACAUACUGAGCCAUGACAUCUGUUUUGUUUACUUUAUACUUUAAUACUGCACAAGGGUUUUUUUUCCAUUUUCACCUAUUCAGUGAUCAUCUGCUGUGUGACCAACAAAGCACCGCUAUUGAUUGGUACAAACCACCUUUCAGAAAAUCUCCCUCAUGUCAUUUUAGCAACUUCUCUUUUCAACCCGUGGUCGUCUUUGGCACUUUAUUGAUCUCCUGCCUCGAGGAGAAAUGUGCAUUUGUUUCCCCGAACGUUUCUUCUCCCGCCAUUCGUGACAAUGCAGACACAGAAUUUAUUCCUCAUUAAAACGCAGAAACGCA